CACAGCAACAAAACGAAGAAGAAGAAGAAGAAGGGCCAACAUUCGAUGGUCACUCGCUAACUACGCUUUAUUAAUUCAUUAUUUUCCAAAAUAAUGCACAUAUAUACCCACCCACAGCCGCCCUCCGCCCCCGCCAAUCAUAAAAUAAAACAAUAACAAAGGUCUGUUAUUGUUGUUGCUGCUGCUGCGCUGGAAAAAUAUCAUCAGCACAAAAACAAAUUUAAAACGCACAAAAGAUUUUGCUUUGGUGGUAAUUCGGGAACUAAGGGGAAAACCGCAGGCAAGAUGUCGUGGUUUAAUCCCUGGGAUGGCCUCAAGACGAAAAUGUGUCGCUACCUGCUGCAGCGAUACUUGGGCCAGUUCUUCGAGAAUAACUUGAACUUGGAGCAGCUGAAAGUGGAUCUGUACAAUGGCAAGGCGGUGGUGGAGGAUAUAUUCCUGAAGGUCAACGCCUUCAACGAUCUCUUCGAGGAUCAGGGCUGGGCCUUUGAGGUGGUUUCCGGACACAUUGGCUGCCUGACGGUCGUCGUGCCCUGGAAUGCGCUGAUGACCAACGACAGCAGCCUGGAGAUCUCCAAUUUAACCAUUACUUUAAGGCCAGUUACCCGCUUCCAAAGCGGCACCACCAUGCUGGAGUCCAUGUGGUCGUCCGUCAGCAGCUCCAUGCAAAUGGCCGAGGAAUGCAUGAAGCAGGUGGACGACGAUGUGCCCUUUCUCAACCACAACAACGCAUUGAUUGGGCUGGAGAAGUUUGCCGAAACCAUCGAUAAUGUACUCAAUCGCAUUCGUGCCAAACUGACAAAUACCACUUUGAAUAUAGAGUACCUGCUGCCCAGAUCGGACCGGAAACUGGUGCUCUCCUUCCAGGCCAGCCAUGUGGAGUACAAGAACAAGACGGGCUACGAGCUGCCCACCAUGUCCACCUCGCAGGACACUGAGACUCCGGAGGAGGAUCCCAACGGCAGCUUCAAUGCGCUGCCCAUGAUAGCCAAACAUAAUCUGGUGAUCGAGGGACUCAGUUUGCACACCUCCGAAGUGCUGGAUGUUUUGGACCACCAGUUUGGACCCACCCCCUACGAACAGCUCUGCAAGAUUGUGGAGCUCAAGGGGGCGCAGAAUAUACAAAUCAAUAUCAAGCAGACGGAGAAUAUAGUGGGGCCCAAGGUCAGUCUGGAACUGAGCCUGGAUGACAUAUACUUCAUGCUGACGCCGCGGCAAAUCCAUCUGCUCAUCGAGCUCUCCAAGGGAUUCAAUAGCGGCGGCCAGCAAGAGCGGCCCAAAAAGGGCAGGAGCUUGAAGUCGGUCCCGCCGCCCAGCGAGUAUCACAUGCAGAAUCAGCAGCCCACACGGAUGACGGGAAUUCUGGGCCAGAAUGCGGACUGGUGUACGGGAAUGUCGGAAUGCCCGGAGCCCUCGGAAUACUCCGGCUAUGGCGGAGCAAAUGGCCCCCGAAGCGCAUACUCGCGCAGUCGAAAAAUGAGUGAAUCCACCAACAGCAUGCUCACCUCGUGCACUAAUACGCUACAGCAGGAGUUGGGCUACACGGAGAAAUCGGGGGAGAUCCUCAAGUUCAAGGUGCAGAUAUCGAAAAUCUAUGGAGUGGCCUUGCACCAGGACAUACUCAUACAGAACACCGCCAAUAUCGAUAGUGUUAGCACUGUGUUCGAUCACGCCAGUUACCUUCGCUACUCGGACACUGCCAGUGGUUUCUUUCUGGGCACCCUCCUCGAGCAGCAAAUGCCCCUGCAGCAGCAGCAGUACCUCCUGCUGCGAGCAGCCCCCAUCAUCGUGGGUGGUAGUCAGCAGCGUUACUUCCAGGAGCUCACUUCUCGCACCACCCUGUCGGCCACUGCCGUGGAUCUGUGCGAGGUGCUGGGCAACUCCGUGGAGCAUCUGCUGCAGUUCGAUCGCCAGCGCAACUGCCCGGAUGGCUAUCACAUUCGACCCGAAAUCGUGGUCACCCAGAGCUCCUCGUUCAUGUUCAAGCAGAACCACAAUCGUGGCACCAACAAAAUCGAAUGCUGUUUGGACGAGUGCACCGCAGAACUGGAUAUAUCCAUAUACGAUCGUUUGGGAGCCCUCUUUGGCUGUUCCCCCUUUUCCAGGGAUUCGGGGGCUCCAUCGAGCUCCUAUCCAGAUGAUCCCAGCCAAACGGAAUUCAGUGUAAAGUGCGAGAAUCUGCGUCUGCACUUGCGAUUCCCAGUGGUGGACGGCAGGGCGGCCAACGAUCCGCAGAAGAUUCCCUGGUGGCAGAAGAAUGUGCGUCGCGAUUUCUUGGCCCUGGAGUUUCGUUCCCUGGUAGUUAGUUCAAGAUCGCAAAUCAGCAUAGUUUCGGAUGAACUGGAUGCGUUUUACUGUGAUGCGGAUAAGCAGAGUGCGGUGCAUCUGCUGAAAUGCCAGCAGAGAAUGCAGUCGAAUAAGAAAAUACAAAUCGAUGUGCUCCAGCUGAGUGAAAGUAAUGAAAGCAAUCAGAAGAAACCCCCGAGGAAGUCGCCCUUCAGCUCAAAAUGCACCUUUGGCUACACUUCCCAUGUGGAGGGACUCGAUGGCGGUGUGGACAAGACGGAUUCCCUUCUGCCCGGCGAAACGGAGGAGAUCAACGAGUUCUGCGAUAGUUGCACUCAGUCCUCCAAGUUGAAAAUCUUUGCCUUUGUUCCCAACGUUAAGGUUGUGCUGGAUUCGAAGAGCAUGUAUGAACUGAUAUACAACCGUCUGAAUGGAGAUCUCUUUAUGUGGGAGCCACGUUCGCCGCACUAUGACAGCCAUCCAGAGGAGGAGGAGGGUGGUGUUGGUGUUGGUGGUGUAGCAUCAAAGCACCACCUGGAUGCAGAUACGCCCCAGUUGGAGGAGUUCCGGCGGAACCUACUCCUCAGCACCAGUGCCAUGGAGAGCAGCAUUUACUUUUCCAUGGCGGAGCCAACUGUUUCAAAUGCUACGGCGCCACCGCCAGUUCGCAAUGAGGCCUUCUCCUUUGAGCUGUUCGUGGAGCAGGGAUCGCUCAUCCUGUUCUCCCACAUCCUCGAUCCGGAGACCAAUCAACGCUCGCAGGAGUGCGGCAAGUUCCAGGUGAAUCUCAAGGAGCUGCGGUUGUUCACAGUGAAUGGACUGGAUAACGAUGCGAAUAGGAGCUUCUUCUGCAUACAGCUGGGCGAGAUUGAGGCCUUGCAUUGCGGCAAUACUCUGCAAGAUUUGGUGCUGGCCUGGAGUGACUUGCCGGAUAAGAAUCUGCUGCCCACCAUCAAUAACUUUCCCAGCAAUCAUCAGUUGCAAACAGAAAGAAAACGAAUGGAGGUUUUAUCGCUGGUGGCGGAGAUCAAGAAACAACCGGAGCAGCGCAUCAAGAGGAUGAAAAUGUCGUUUGGCAUAAGUGGGGCAGUACUGCAGCACCACUCGUGCCACUCGGAGCACAGUUGGCUGAAUCAAUUGAUCGACUUUAUGGACGUGGCCGACUUUCCCAUCGAGGAGUACGAACCCUUUGCCUUGAUCUCCGAGCUGCAGUUGCAUGUGUGGAACUGUGGCAUUGACUAUCGUCCGAAAUUCUUUCCGCAGCGCGCUUUUCUUGAUCUGGGCUAUUGCACGCUGAGCAGCAAUAUCAUAUCCUCCAUGAGUGGCUGCACUUUGCGUCUCCUGGCGGAGGAUUGUGUGCUCCAGCUGGGUUUGGUUAAUGCCCCCAAUGACGACUCGCUGAUACCCGUUUUGAAUCUGGGACUGCUGAAUAUAUCGUUCAGAUUGAAUGCCGAGGGCAGCGGACAACCGCGUGUGGAUCUGCGCUCCUCCAUACACGACAUGCAUCUGAAGACCUGCUACGAUUCGGCAGCGGCUCUGGCCCAACUGAUAGCCUAUGUGGCCAAUGACAGGGAUCUGUUGCCGCCGGAGGAGCCCGUUCUGAAUGAGGAAACCAAACAGAAGGAGGAACCCAAACAGAAUGAGGACCAGGAGGUCAGCGAUCACACGCAGAACCAUGUGAACAAGCUGAUGGCCGAUGCUGUGAUGGAUGUGGAGUGUUUGCCAAAUCCCAGGAGCACCAAAUCCCCGGGCGGCAGGGAGGAGGGCAUCGAGAUCUUCUACUUUCCGGACGAGCCCAAGGAGAAGCGCAAAUCCACGCCCGCCAAGGCCAGUCAAAGCAAAUCGCUGAUGGUGGAGAGCCCUUCGGUCAUAGGCGACAUUCUGGACUUCGAGUCGAAUGUUAUUUUACAAUCGUACUACCCUCAGAGCCAAGUGCUAGCCCAAACUUCGCUGGGCACCCAGGUGCAACAGGAACUGGGAUCCCUGGGCAAUGCCUCCUCGGAGGAACGCGACUUCGACAUUAUACACGACGAGGAGAUCGGCCGCAUGGACAAGUUCGGCAUCAAGCAGAUCUACAUUUCGGAGGAUCCCCUGCAGAUUGUGGACAACCACUUUGAGCUGCCGCACGAGAAGGUGGAUCUGCUGAGGCCGCCAGCCAAUUUCCCAGUGGCCGAGAGCAGCUACACCCUCUGCGAGAUGACCUUCACCUGGCAUCUCUACGGUGGCCGGGAUUUCCCCGACGAACCACUCAAGAAAUCCUCUUCAUCUUCGGGAACUGGCAACUUUGGCAUGUCGGAUACCUACAAGUACGGCGUAUCGCAGGCCCAGGAACAGGAAAAGCAGGAUAGAAAGGGCGCGAAGAGGAGUCUGCCGAAACAACCAAAGGGUUCGCAGCGCAACUUGGAGGUUCUGGUGGAGAUACAGCUCUCCAAGAUCCGCUUCUCCUACGAAACCUAUCCGCUGACCUCCAUGUACUCGUCGCGCCAGGUGCUGCUCGUCUCGGAAAUCGAGAUCAGGGACCGACUGCGCUCCUCGGACAUCAACAAGUUUCUGUAUCACCCAACGGGCAACAACUUGUCCCACAGACCGGACGAGAAUAUGGUGAUAGUGAAGGCGCUCAAUGUGCGUCCCAAUCCGCAGAAGAGCUCGGCGGAGGAGUGUUCGUUGCGCGUGUCCAUUCUGCCCAUAAAACUGAAUAUCGAUCAGGAUACACUGCUCUUCCUGGAGGACUUCUUUUCGGGCAUGUUCCGCAAUUCGGCAGGCAGUGGUGGUGCCACCAAAACGGAGGUGCCACCCAGCACAGAUAUGCCAGUGAUGUCGGUUAGCAAACUUCCGGAGGAUCUCACCGAUGAGCAGCCCGAUUCGGAUGAGGUCAAGGAGAUGGUGGAGCGCAAUCUGAAUGUCCUGAUCGAAGAGAAUAGCGUGGAGAGCGAGCUGGAGGAGGAUCCUGCCACGGCUCCACCCGUCUUCUUCCGCGAGGUGAUUUUCAGUCCAGCUCUGCCCAUUUGUUUCGACUACCAUGGAAGGAGGAUUGAGCUCUCGCGAGGACCUGUCACCGGUUUGAUAAUGGGUCUGGCGCAGCUCCAGGGAUCGGGUAUAAAUCUCAGAGAAAUUGUUAACCGCCGCGGCAUCCUGGGCUGGAACAAGCUCUGCGAAUUUCUGGCCAAGGAGUGGCUCAAGGACAUCAAGCGCAACCAGUUGCCCAAUAUCUUGAGCGGCAUUGGGCCCACCAAUGCGGUGUUGCAGCUCUUCCAGGGCUUCUACGAUCUGUUCCGCCUGCCCAUCGAGCAGUACAACAAGGAUGGCCGGAUCAUCAGGGGAUUCCAGCUGGGAGCACAGAGUUUCACGGCGCGCACAGCACUGGCAGCGCUGGAGAUCACCUCGAGGAUCAUUCACCUGUUGCAAUUCACGGCGGAGACUACGUUCGAUAUGUUAUCAGCUGGACCUUCGCUGAAAAAGAGGAAAGGUUGCAGGCAGGGCAACAUGAGGCGGAGGCGGCAGGGACGGCCCAAGGAUCUGCGCGAGGGCGUGGCCAAUGCCUACACCAUCGUUAAGGAGGGCAUCAACGAAUCGGCCAACACGCUGAUCGAGGCUGCCCUCACGGAGCACGAUCAGAAGGGCUACAGUGGAGCAGUGGGUGCGGUGGUGCGCCAGAUCCCGCAGCUCGUCGUCUGUCCGGCGGUCCUGGCCACCCAGGCCACCACCAACAUCCUGGGCGGCGCCAAGAGCUCCCUGGUUCCGGAGGCAAAACUGGAGGCGCGGGACAAGUGGAAGCAGGAGAUCCACUGAGCUAAUCGGUUAUAUCCAUAAGGUAGCUUUAGUUUAAGGGGCUAAUCACAGCAUAACGCAAUGUUUUCUAAUGUUUUACUAAAAAUAAACCAUAAUGUACAUAAAAGGAGCACCAUGCACAAGGCUGGGAUCGGAUUCCCAUCCCGAAUGGAUGUGAUGGAUUGAACUUAUCCUUUUUAGCCAUAUUACAGUACAUCAAAAGUUAUAUUUUCUAUUAUUUUACCUAAAUAAAAAUGUAUAUAAAAGGAAA